AACCUUCAAUGAUAUAUUGUUACACUGUACACAUAAUGCUUAUUUAGGAUAUUUGUAUGGCGUAAAUGAUGCAGCACGGUAAUUCUCUUUCUUGAGCAUAUCUGGUUGAAAAGGACCUUAAAGACAUUCCAAAUAUAGAAAUUUAAUCAAACAUGGGUGACGUUCCCAAGGAAUAUCAAGAAGGCUUGGAUCGGUAUUUCUACAUGUAUGCGGACCCGGACACAGGAUUGCUCAAUGGAGACGGAUUUAGAUCUGUUUUACAGUGUCUACGCCUAUGCCCAUCGGAAGCAUUCGUCAAAAGAGUUUUUAAAGAACACAACAAAGAUGCUGAAAAAGCAUACAUAACUAAAGACGACUUCAAAAUACUGAUGAAAGAUAACUGGUCAACAGGAGAAGAGAUCAAGGCACAGCUUGUGGGUGCCAUUAAAGAACUUUACUGUGCAAAUGGUGAAGAAUCUGUGAACAAUGUCAAAAUCUCCAUAGAGGAUUUCAUCAGCACACUCACCACGGCGGGCGAGGAACCGCUCAGCGAAGAAGAGGCUAGCAUCAUCAUGGCGGAAUUAAAGAAAAUGGACUCCGUCGGUAUAGGGAAAAUAACGGGCCAAGAAUUGAUUGAAUUCUUCCAAGGUGUGUCAAAAAAGGAAAAUUCCUCACUGGAAAGAAGAACGAUAGAGCAGGAAGGAUCGGAGUGACAUCAGCGUCAUAGUGAUCAUCAUAGAGACAUUAUCUAAUAAAACUGUGUAUCAAUACAAAUAACAUAUAUACAUGUAUGUUAGAUUGUUAGCAUAACCCCACCCCACCAUGAUGAUACAAGAACAUAAUAAGGAUAUAGCGUGUGAUGAGUGAUAUUUUAGAUGUAAUCCUUAAGUAUAAUGACGUAUGUUACCCAUUAUAAUUGUACGUGUGUGUUGUCACAGUAGUGAUCACGCUGAGAAUUUCAUAAGAUUACAUAACACGUGACAUUUCAUUAGGUCCUGGGAUUAGUCUUGUACAUGUAAUAUAGUGAAGGGGUCGCAUUAGUACUGUUAAGUGUACGAUCGAAUGGAAGCAGCAUGCAAGUGCCUGUGAUUACGGCCAAGAACUUGUUUAAAAAAUAGGGGAACUGAAAACUUGAUUUAAAAUGAUUGAGAAUUUGAAAUAUUGUUGUAGAUUUUAUUUCAUGAUUCUUCCAUAAAACAUGCUGCUCGAAUAUUUAAUAGCAGUUUUCAAAAGCAGAAAGUUGCGUAACAUGAUGAAAUUGGAACCCUUUUAUAAACCGAUCUAUGUCGAGAUCGCAAUACAUCUGCGUUGGUUGCUUGAAAUAACCUUUGAUGACGACAGAAUCUUGAGAUUAUAACCUGAUACACAGACAUUUUUUAAGCUGAUUUGAUACUAUUUAAAGAACCUCUCAAUAUUUUGCACCAAUUCUACGUGGAUUUAUAUUUCCAAUUGUUUUUUAUUUUGCUGAAGCCUUGAGUACAUUUUUUCUACAAAAGUGCAUGUUUCUGAUGAUAACCAGUAUGUGUUUGUUCCCCCUCAUUAUAAUGUCACGUGUCAUUACACAAAUAUUUUCUCAUUUUGUUGCAAAAGGAAAAUCUCAAUUUGUCUUUUAGGGAAUGAAGCUCUUUUUAAAUAACCAUUUUAUACGAGGUGUACAUUCAUCUGCGCUUCCUCUUUUCAAAACCAUAUACCAUAUUAUACUAUGUAACAUAAUACUUGAUAUGUGUUAAAUAAAACUGUAUAAUAUUUAAGAAAUGAACAUCACUUUUGAGCUGUUCAUGGUCAGUAUUCAUGAGUUCACGGAUUUGGAUUUGAGGCAAAUUCUGUGAAUCGCGCUAGCGAUUCACAGAUAAUUUGCCUCAAAUCCAAAUCCGUUCAUAUUGACCAUGAACAGCUCAAAAGUGAUGUUCAUUUCUUAUAUUCAUUUACUGAAACACCGUUUGUUUACAUUACUUC